AUGUUUCGAUGCAACGGCGAUGAGAUGAAAGAUCUGACCACAUUCACUACCAGCUAUGAGAUGAAAGAUCUGACCACAUUCACUACCAGCUAUGAGAUGAAAGAUCUAUCUUCAUUCACAACCAGCUAUGAGAUGAAAGAUCUAUCUUCAUUCACUACCAGCUAUGAGAUGAAAGAUCUAUCUUCAUUCACUACCAGCUAUGAGAUGAAAGAUCUAUAUUCAUUCACAACCAGCUAUGAGAUGAAAGAUCUGACCACAUUCACUACCAGCUAUGAGAUGAAAGAUCUAUCUUCAUUCACAACCAGCUAUGAGAUGAAAGAUCUAUAUUCAUUCACAACCAGCUAUGAGAUGAAAGAUCUAUCUUCAUUCACAACCAGCUAUAAGAUGAAAGAUCUGUCCACAUUCAUUAUCAGCUAUGAGAUGAAAGAUCUGUCCACAUUCACUAUCAGCUAUGAGAUGAAAAAUCUGACUACAUUCACUACCAGCUAUGAGAUGAAAGAUCUGACUACAUUCACUACCAGCUAUGAGAUGAAAGAUCUGACUACAUUCACUACCAGCUAUGAGAUGAAAGAUCUGACUACAUUCACUACCAGCUAUGAGAUGAAAGAUCUAUCUUCAUUCACAACCAGCUAUGAGAUGAAAGAUCUAUAUUCAUUCACAACCAGCUAUGAGAUGAAAGAUCUAUCUUCAUUCACAACCAGCUAUAAGAUGAAAGAUCUGUCCACAUUCAUUAUCAGCUAUGAGAUGAAAGAUCUGUCCACAUUCACUAUCAGCUAUGAGAUGAAAAAUCUGACUACAUUCACUACCAGCUAUGAGAUGAAAGAUCUGACUACAUUCACUACCAGCUAUGAGAUGAAAGAUCUGACUACAUUCACUACCAGCUAUGAGAUGAAAGAUCUGACUACAUUCACUACCAGCUAUGAGAUGAAAGAUCUGACUACAUUCACUACCAGCUAUGAGAUGAAAUAUCUGACUACAUUCACUACCAGCUAUGACCCUGUUCGAUAUAUUUUUUAUACCAUAACCAGUAACUGUGGAAUCACUUACAACUUUAAAAGUUGUAAGAAGUAG